CUGUCAGUCAACUGUCAAAUGUCAAUUUGUUGAGAUUUUUAGGUUACAAUAUUUAUAAAUAUCAAUUUAUAAAAUCAUUUAAAAAUUAUAAUACCUAUUAAAGUAAUCUACCACUACCAAAUAUUUAAUAAAAUCAAACCAGAAGAGAGACUAGUUUGGCUCAUUGGUUUUACUUUCAUGUUCAUUCAAACCUUUGUUAGAAAAAUGUCUCAUAACAUAACUUCCAAAUUGGUAAAUAAUGCCGAUAAAGCAGAGAAACGUUUAUCUGAACUUAAAAGUAAGCUUGAACAAGUAAAGAAGUUUAAAGUAGAAGAGAAAAUCAAAGAGUUAACUCAAGAAAAUGAAACCCUGUUGAAAAAGGUUGAAGAGGCAAAGCUACAGUUGAUUAAAUUAGAGACACUGAAUGGCAAAGUACAAUAUCCUUUGCCUGGUAAAACAACUCCCGUAGCUAAUAAUUUAAACACACCUAUUUUAGAGCAACCAGAUGUUGUAAAGCAAACUCCAGCUGUUAAAAAAGAGAAAAAAGAAAAAGAAACAGCAAAAAAACCUAAAGAGAAAGCUGCACCUACUUCAACUGACAUUAUUGAUAUCAGGAAACUAGACCUUAGGAUUGGCAAAAUUAUUGAUGUAGGAAAACAUCCAGAUGCAGAUACUCUUUAUGUGGAGAAAAUUGAUUGUGGUGAAGAAAACCCUCGAACUGUUGUGUCAGGUCUCGUGAACCAUGUUCCCAUUGAUGAAAUGAGAGAGAGAAUUGUUAUGGUUUUAUGUAAUCUGAAACCAGUGAAGAUGCGAGGUGUCACCUCAGAAGCAAUGGUAAUGUGUGCUAGUUCACCUGAGAAAGUGGAAGUUCUCAUUCCUCCUAAUGGAGCUGUGCCUGGCGAUCUGGUCUCUUGUGAAGGGUACCCUCGCGAGCCAGAGCCACAGCUCAACCCGAAAAAGAAAAUAUUUGAAACAUGUGCUCCAGACCUUAAAACCAAUGAUGAUUGUGUGGCAUGCUACAAAGAUAGUGCUCUAGUUGUACCUGGCAAAGGCCCAGUUAAAGCACCUACACUUAAAGGGGUAAAUGUAAAGUAAUCUUAAAGUUAAGAAUAUCUUGUGAAAUUUAGUUGAUUUAUUAAUAAAUUAUUGAAAUUUU